UGAAAAGACCAGAACGCAAUAUAAAUAUGGCUGCUUCCAGAUGAUGAAACAUGCUGUAAUUAUGAAGAAGUCAUGACAUGGUUUUAUUUAAAUACUCCCUGAAUAUUUUAAAGAAAUCAACACCGUGUGGUAUUUCUGCAAUAAUGGCUAAGGUUGUGGACAUAAAUAAUCACGAUUUGCAGCACGUGGUUGCCUUGGCAACACAAAGCCUCAAAGCAGGAAACAUCAUAGCAGUGCCAACGGACACCAUAUAUGGGGUCGCAGGUCUAGCACAGAGAAAUGAUGCUACAAGUAGGAUUUAUCAACUUAAAAACCGGGACUUGAAAAAACCGAUCGCAAUCAGUGUUGCUGAUAUUGAUGAUGUAUAUAAGUGGGGUCAUGUGACUGUCUCACGGGAAUUGCUAACAGAACUGCUCCCUGGUCCUGUCACUGUUGUGUUCCGGAGGAAAGACGAGCUGAGUCCCAGCUUAAAUCCUGAUGUCCACCUUAUAGGGAUCAGAAUACCUGACCAGCAGUUUAUCAGGUCCCUCGCCAGGGCGUGUCAGGAACCGAUCGCCUUGACCAGCGCUAACAUCAGUUCUGCUCCCAGCACUGUGUCUGUAGAGGAGUUCAGCGAGUUGUGGCCCAUGUUGGACUUGGUGGUUGAUGGAGGGAUGCUUGGAAAUACGACGGAGUCCAGACAGGGUUCUACCGUUGUAGACUUGUCACAGACCGGAGUGUACAGAAUUAUACGCGAUGGAAGUGCUUUACGGCCUACAUCAGAUUUACUGGAGAGACAUGGACUGAAGAAUGGGAAAAUGUUAGACUCGUCAGUUGAUGCUGCUGGGACGGAAAGAUAGCAAAAAUGUUGCGACAUAAGUCUAUUUAAAAUCACAUGUGAUAUUUCUGCAAUUUAAAGUGUAUAUAGACCGUGUAUACUCUCUGUGAGUGGCAGGACAUGAAGCAGUAAUUUGCAAUUUUUUCAUAACAUCAUUUGUUUUAUAAAAUCUUUUUUAUCCAGGACCAAUAAAAAAUUUUGACAAGAGUUUUAUUUCCCUACCUUGUGAAUUGGUCUAUAACAACUGUUAAGGUUUCUCAGGGUAUAACCAGUAGGAAGCAACAGAGGUUUAAAAUGUUGAAACUUAGAUUUCUCCAUGCUAUAAAUACUUUAAAGUUUUGAUUUUUUUUCUUACUGUUAAAAUUUUAUUGGUUGAACUAAAAGUUUGAAUCACUUUACUUAACUUAUUUAUUUCUUUGAAUUAAAUUUGCGGUAUUUUACAUUUUUUGAGUGAAAUAUGCUUUGAAAUAAGCAACACUGUCCCAAGGGAGACAAAUCGCACACAAAAAAUCCAAAAAAGGUCCUUGUAAAUCAACAGUAGCUUCCCUUUUGUUUUUUUAUCUUACAGUUUUUGACCGAUUCAUAACAGCUGUUAACAUAUACAUGUACAUUUAACAAAUGAAAACAGAAUUUUACCCGUAGAAAUCUCAAAAACUUAUUGUUUAUAUUGAAUAGUGGAUUUAAUGAAAAUAUAUCCUUCUUUGUAAUUCCCAGUUGUUCAUUAGGACCUAACAAGCACAGUCAUGGUGGGAUCAACAUGUGCUUAUUUUACCCAUGAUGCAUUUUGAUCAUAUUAGAUGUCGUAAUAAAAACACCAAGGCUCCACCAAAUUCACUGAUGGCACAUUAUUUACAUGUUAAUACACUGCAAUACCAUUUUAUUGAAAUAUGUCGUCUGGCAGUUGACCCAGUAUGUUUUCGUAUUUAAUCAGAUUGAACACCAGUCUCCUAGGUGAAUAGAUUGUAUGGUAAAUCACUUCGCCACCCGAUAACCUGAACUAUUCAUGUGAUCUCGAUACGACUCUCUUCACUUUUCCACUCCCUCUCCGUGACUACCUCGGACACUGCUACCACUGACAUGUACCCAUGGCUACACAUACAAGGCCCAUAGUUUUAAACACAUCCUCCAUGUAUAAUUAAACUCCAUGAUAUCAUCAACAUCACUUGAUAUUUGUUGGGACCAAUUGUACUAUUGUGCGAAUCUGUAAACAUUAACAUGCUUUUUACGAAAUAACUUGAUUUGAUACUGAAAACUUACGUAUUUUAGAAGUUAUGAUUUGAUACUGAAAACUUACAUAUUUUAGAGGUAAUCUUUUUUCUGUUAUCUUUACACUAAAAUCGCACAAAAUUGCACUAAAUUUUGAAUAUGCUAAUUGCAAUUUUUAAUUAUUUAAAAAAAAAUUCAUGCAUUUAUAAAUUUAUGAUUUGCUUAAAUUUCUGUGCUCAAAAAGAAGUUUAUUUAUGGUAUGUGUCUCGCCACAAUUUCCUUGAUUAAUAUUUUUGUUGCAGUUUUAAUGAAAUUAGGGACCUUGUGCCCUGAUUUGUUUGUAAAUGGUAACCAGCCAUCUGUAUUUGUUAUGAAAGAUGUGAUUUUUUCUCGGGUCAUUUUCCCUUCUAACUUUUGAUCUGAUGGUGAUGUAACAUACUAACAUCACAGAUAUAUGUAUUUAAAACAAAGAAUGAUGUUGUUAUAAACAAUUUUUUCUCAGGAUUUUAGUAUAUAUUGGCACGAACUGACAUGAUGUGUCAGGCUUUGGCAUUUAACCAAAUAGAAUCUGGAUGUUCAUUUUUCUGAAUGUACCUUAUAUUAUAUUCUUGUUUCCGAGGAGUCAAGCUCUCAUGUCAGCAAGUCACUUUUUACCUUUUUCUUUUGAUUUGAAUAAAAGUUUUAAAUAAACAAACUUGUAUAUUAAUUAUGUCUGUGAUAUAAAGCUAUUUUUUAAUAAAAGAAUAAAGAUA